UCGAACGCUCGUUACGUUACUCUUGGCUCGGUACGGUACGCGAGGGUUGCAGGGGAUGCGGAUGAUAGUACCCAAUCAGUCUCGCGCUGCAGCACACGUGGGCAAUGAGAAUAUUGACCCACAGCUACUGAAAGAAGGGGAACAGAUCCAGCAACCCCGUCCCGUGUCUGCCGUGCAACCUUACGUGCACUACCCCCGGCCGCAUCCAGCCGGACCCGUCCUUCAACCGCUUCCGGACUGCUUCCCUUCCCUCCCGGAGCUGCCCUCGCCUCCUUCCGAUCCGGAUGUAUAUCAGCAACCCGUGAAAUCCCCUCCGACACCGCCGCCUUCUCAGCCAGCAAGGACACGAGCUCCCGAGCCUUCAGCUGUUGAGCCAACGCCUCCGACACCCCCUCCUUCUCGAUCCGCCACAGUUGCAAAUGUUCCAAAGCGCAAUCGUUCGGACACAGUCGGCUCGGAUCUGUUGAAGGCAACAAAGAAGACCCGCUCCGAGCCUGGUACCGCAGCUACUGAAGCUGCCUCAGCGUCGCUAGAGACUCUCGGUGUCCAUUGGUCAGUCGCUGACCGUGAUUUGCUUUAUAAGUUCUUCCUCGGGUCCAGCAAUGACGACAACUACAAAUUGCUCAAGGUCAACCGCAAAGCAUUGUUUGCGAAGGCCAGCAAGGAGCUUUAUUCUGGCCGCCACUCCGAAAGUGCUAUCCGCAGCCAGUGGGAUCGCUCUCUCAAGACGUACCAGUUCAUCAAUGCGUUCGAAAACUUCACAGGUGGUGGUGGCGAUGGUGACUUAUCACCGGUCACCAGCUGGGAUAUCAAUGCCGCACGAUCAGCUGGUGAGCCUGUCGGCGGUCUAACGGCUAAGAUGUAUCAGGAGUGGGAAAGCAACUCCUGGGUGGAGCUGUUCAAUGCGCGCUUGGCUACUAGCCCCAAGGUGUGCCGCAAGAAGAAGCACCACUCGAACAUGCCGCUUUCAGAUGACAGUCCAUAUCGCAACGGUGAUGACGCUGCUGAUGAACCAGCUAAUGCUUCUCAUAGUGUCCUCGAGCUUUCCGGUAGUGGUCCUGCCACUGACCGUGUAACCGUAACCGACACGAGGCAUGUGCCAUCACCGACGGCCUCUCAGAAGUCACGUAGCGAGACUUCACAGUCGAUGGCUGGUAUUAGUGCUUACCUCAAGGACAAGGUCAAGUCGGAUCGGGAGGUACAGGCUCAGCUUCUCGAGGUCCGCAAGGCAAGGCUUGAUCUCGAGCGUCGUGCGGCUGAUCGUGCAGAUGAGGAAUUCCGGGUUCGCCAGCAGCAGAUGGAGAAGCAAGCUAAUGCCGCUCUAGCGAAGGAUGUUUUGCAGGCUCAGGGGGCAAGUCCGGAGCUCCGUCGGGCGGCAGAGUCAUAUCUUAUGAACCUUUUUCAGAAGCCUCAUGCAUAAGUCUGUUAUACGUUAGAGCAAUCAAUACUACUGUCGCG